AUGGCGAAAUCCGCCAAGAACUUCUCAAACGAAGAGAACGGCACGAACAUGGUCGAUACACCGAGACUCUCGACUACGGAGGACGAAAAUGCCGUCCUACUCCAUUCUCGUGAACCUUGUGACGACGGACGGUCCACCAGGGCCACUGGUCGUUUGCCGCGCUUUCAGUUGAUCAUUCUUGCUCUAUCACUUUCGAAUGCCAUCUCCAUUGCGGCGGUCUUAAUUCUCGUCGUAUUUCACGGCCCGGCAUUCUAUCUCCCCGAGUCUCCUGCAACGGUUAUUUACCCGGCGCAACCAGAGUGGUUUCCACCCCAGAGUACGUUAACUCCAUAUCCUAUCUCCUCUGCCUGGGCAACCAUGAAGAUGACCAGGAACAAGUGUGGACGUCCAGACAAAGUGGACAACGUGUUAUUUGAUAACUGA